GUCGUCAUCACGGGCAGCACGAAAGGCUUGGGCCUCGCGCUCGCGCGCGCGUUCUUGAGCCGCGGCGACGGCGUCUUCAUCACGUCCCGAGACGCGGAGAACGUGCGCGCGACGGUGGCGGACCUGCGAUCGCGCUUCGGCGACGCCGCGGUCGUCCACGGGCACCCCUCGAACGUCGGCGACGCGUCCUCCGUGGCCGCCUUAGCGGACGAGGUCGUGAAGGUCUUCGGCGGCGUCGACCUGUGGAUCAACAACGCGGGGAGCAACGGGUAUCGGUACGAGAACCUCGACGACGCGGACCCGGCGACGAUCGCGGAGGUGGUGACGACCAACUCGCUGGGAUCCAUCUUGUGCACGCGCCAGGCGAUCAUCACGAUGAAACGCCACAACGACGAGCGUUCACCGGGGCACAUAUUUAACAUGGAAGGCGCCGGCAGCGACGGCGGCGCGACGAAGAAGUACGCCGCGUACGGGCACACGAAAGCCGGCAUGGCGCAGCUCGCGAAGACGAUGCGCGAGGAGCUAAAGGUGAGACUGGGGGAAAACGUCGCCGUGCACACCAUAUCCCCGGGCAUGGUGUUCACCGAGCUGAUCAGCAGCGGGAGGUACGCGUUCGGAGGGCAAGGGCGGAUGUUCGUGAACGCGCUCGCGGAGGACGCCGACGACACCGCGGCGGUGAUCGUCGAGAGGGUGAAGGAAGCGAUCGCGGCGGCGGAUGCCGUGGAAAAGACCAUCGCCGUCAAAGUGUUGACGCCGGACGUAGCGCUUAAAAAGAUGUUUAAUCGGUUCGUGCGGGGGGUGAAUAAGGACCGGUGGUACCCGGAG